ACUCCAUAAAAGGAAAGUCUGAUCAUCCCCCAAACCUCAAUUACUUGUUUCUCUUCAAUUCCAGAAUACUUUAUAGAUUUAACAACGCUGCAUCAGCGACAUCACAACCAUAAAACAGACUUCUCACUCUUACAGAGAACAGCGUACCAUUCAAGAUGAGCUACGCAGAGGCAAACCGUCGGUAUUUCGAUGCCAUAUCGGACUCCUACGACAGCAAGCCUUGGUUCAAUGUCGUCAACGACCGAGUCGCAGAUAGUCUUCGCUCCGAUCUAUCUUGGGUCGGCAUCCCCUUUACCAACACGGGAUCCAGUACAGAUGCCACACAAGUUCGUCUUCUGGACUAUGCAUGCGGCACUGGGCUGAUGACACGUGUCUUCGGACCCUACGUUACCAAGACCCAGGGUAUCGAUAUCUCACCCAAAAUGGUAUCUACAUACAACACUCGUGCUCGCGAUGCCGGUCUUCCAGAAGACGUUGUCAGCGCCGUGGUUGGUGAUUUGUUUGUCAAGUCCGACCCUCAGCCACAAUCACUGUCGGGACAGGAGUUCUGGAACUUUGAUCUUGCGACUGUUGGAUUUGGGUUCCACCAUUUCGAGGAUGUUGUGUUUGCCGCUAGUCAGUUGAAGGACAGGCUGAGGCCGGGUGGUGUGUUGGUUAUCAACGAUUUCUUAGAGGGAGGAGAUUUGUUGGCUGGCGAGGACGGGGAACCGAUCGAAGGGAGCGAGGGCAAUCAUGCUCUACACAAUCACAAGCAUGGUCAUGAUCAUGGAGGACAUGGGCAUCAUCACGGUCCCAGCGACAAAAAGGCUUCCAAUUCGCACGAUCACCACCAUCACGGGCAUCAACACCAUCAUAAUGCCGAACAAAAGCACGACGUCGGCGACAGCGAUCCUGAAUUUCGCAGAAAGAUGGAAGCUUCUGUCGUAGUCCCGCACUUCACUAUUCAAGGCGUGAAACAAUUUUUUACUGAGGCUGGAUUCGUGGAUAUUGAUGUCAAAACGAUGAAGGAGAGGAACUACAUGGAAUUCGCUGGCAAGAAACUGUGGCGCACAAUCUUGUUUGCUAGAGGCCGGAGACCGAUUGAAGAACAGGAUGGCAGAGGAAAGAGUGAGUUGUGAGUAUCACGAAGAAAAGCAAAGUUGCACAAUCGAGAAGCAUCGCAGUGUGAAUGGUAGUAAGAUCAUAUUUAGCAAUAUGAUGUAUGUAUGGGAUAUCGACAAAUAACACAAAUGGAACUCCAGCACCAAACC